AUGGCCACUUGCACGCCGGCUGACGAGCAGUUCUUCCACGAUCCGUACAACCCGGUCUACACAAUCGUGCCGACGAAGCCGGUCAUCGUGAACCAAGACAACGGGUACAACCGCUGUGUGUUCACCGAGCGCCCCUUAUGCGGUCCCUUGCUUUUUGCCAACAACGCCUCCGACGCGCGGGAUCACUGUGCGAACGAGCGAACUUUCUUGUCAUGGCUGCGUCUCUCCAUAUAUAUGGCCAUAGUCUCCAUCGCCAUCGUCAUCUCGUUUCAUCUCAAAGCCCAGCCCAGUGACCUCGAGCGACGCAUGGCUCUGCCUUUCGGCAUCGUAUUCUGGCUGCUCUCUCUUGCAUGCCUUGUCUCUGGUCUGACAACGUACAUUCAAACAGUCACGCGCUACAGCCGAAGAAGUGCUCUUGUGCAGUCAGGGUGGAAGACUCAAAUGGUCUUUACCGUGGUGGCAACGGCCAUCGUUGCAGCCUGUGUAUUGUUCCUCUCCACCAACGCAAAAUCAAGCCAGUCAAGCAGAUGA